AUGGCUUCUGUGUUGACACCACGGCAGCAAGCGCUAUUUGAAAAAGCCAGGUCUUCCACUCGGGUCAUACUCACAUACUCAGGGAUCACCGAUGACGAUGCAUUGGUGAUUGCCAAUGGCCUCGAGGAGAACAACAAUCUGCAGUGGUUGAAUUUACAAAACAACCAGAUCGGCGACAUAGGAGCACAAGCGAUCGGAUCUGCGCUUCGGAACAAGCCGGCCCUAGUUGCACUCAAUUUGAGCCAGAACAAGAUUGGUGACGCUGGGGCUGUCCCUAUCGCAGAAGGCCUGCAAACAUCGACGGUGCUGAAUGAGCUCAACAUGCAUACCAAUCAAAUCGGCGAUGAGGGAGCAACGGCGAUCGGAUGUGCGCUUCGGGACAAGGCCCACCUGUCUGUUCUCCGGAUUGGCGAUAUCGGCGCUUGUGCCAUCGCUGAAGGGCUGCGGACGUCUCCUGGGCUGACCAAACUCUGGAUGCACGCCAAUCAAGUCGGCGACGCUGGAGCACGGGCGAUCGGAUCUGCUCUUCGCGACAAGGCGAAUCUGUCUGUUCUCCACUUGGGCAAUAACAAGAUUAGUGACAUUGGAGCUGGUGCCAUCGCUGAAGGCCUGCAGGCGUCGACUGCGCUGAAUGAGCUCGGCAUGCAUACCAAUCGAAUCGGCGACGCGGGAGCACAGGCGAUAGGAUCUGCACUUCGAAACAAGGCAUAUCUGUCUGUGCUCGGCUUGAACAAUAACAAGAUUGGCGAUACCGGCGCUUGUGCCAUCGCUGAAGGGCUGCAGGCGUCGACUGCCCUCGCCGAGUUCGGGAUGGAUACGAAUCAAAUCGGCGAUGCGGGAGCACAGGCUAUCGGAUCUGCACUCUGCAAUAAGGCGCAUCUGUCGAAACUCAUCCUGUCAGACAACCAAAUCUCCUCAAGUGCUGUUCAGCUUUUAUCCCAAAAUCUUCCGGCAAAAUGCGAGUUCUCGGCCGAUAAUCAGCGCAUCCGCGUUCAAGAUGCCAACAUUUCCCCGAGUUCAUCGCCCGCUUUUCGAUCCAAUACUGCCAACGCGCCUCUCGCUGCGUCUGAUUCGAUGUCUCAGGAAGUUCGUCAACUCCGGGCGCGUAUUGCUCAGCUGGAACAAGCUCAGCAAACCACUGCCACUGCACCUGUUAUGUCUACCAUUCCACGAGUGUCGUUGCAAGUCCUAUCGGAAGCAACGGCGCAGUUUUCAGAGUCCAAGCGCAUCGGUGGUGGUGGAUUUGGUAGCGUCUACUCUGGUGUGUGGAGCGGUCAGCGAGUUGCGGUCAAACGGUUGGCAGCGGAUUCAACCCAAGGCGUGGCUCAGUUCGAGUCAGAGCUCGAAGCCCUGUCGCGUUUCCGUCACCCAAAUAUCGUCACCAUUAUGUGCUAUGCCCAGGAAGGCAACGAGCGCUGCUUGGUCUACGAGCUGAUGGCAAACGGUUCUGUUCGCGAUCGUCUCGAUCGCAAGGAUGGGACGCCUGCAUUGAACUGGGCUCAACGCCGAAACAUUGCGACCGAUAUUGCAAACGCCAUGCACUUUGUGCAGACUGCCAUUUCGGGUCAGCCACUGUUCCACUUGGAUCUCAAGACGGACAAUGUGCUGCUGGACGCUCAUUUCAACGCAAAGGUUGCCGAUUUCGGUCUAACGCGCUCGAUGCCAGCUCAAGAGGGUCGAAACUACAUCAAAACGAAAACAAUUGCAGGAACAUACAAGUACAUCUGCCCACAGUACCUCGAGGAAGGCAAAGUCUCCAUCAAAACGGACGUGUACUCGUACGGCAUGAUUCUGCUUGAGCUGCUGACUGGGGAGCAGCCUGGUAUCAAGCUUGGAAGCGCAGUGAAACGUGCGCUGAAAAACCAUGGUCGGCUCGAUUCGGAGUUGGAUACGUCGAUCGUGUGGGGCGCACCUGACUGUUUGUUUGCCACCACAGUCGCGGAGCUUGCGCUUGCGUGCCUCGAACUCGAUGGAGUUGAUCGACCGACCUUUGACGAGAUUCUAACAACGAUAGGCCAAUCUGUCGACCAGGGCAGCGCGCACGCUCAUGCGGCAGUACCUCCGGAUCGCAGGAUGGAGCUGCGGAUCUCGGCGGAUCUCGUUCACUCUCGAAUGGAGCAGCAGCAGCCGCACUCACAAUCUGCAGAAGUCAGCGAUGAAUCAAUCUCACGACUGAGUCAUCCUUACAGCGCCAUCAAGGAGCAACUGUCUCCUAUUACAAACUCGAUUGAGCUAGACUCCGAAAGCUGA